UCUUGUAUGUAUAUGUUCUCAUCAUGGCAGCAGAUGGAGGACUCUGUCGGCAGAGCUCUGGGUCGAGUGACUGUGUACUCCAUCCAGGGCUGCCCACACUGUUUACAAGCUAAGGCCACUCUUGGGCGUUUAGAAGUGCCAGUAUGUGAGGUGGACCUGGGCAGGCAUCCGGAGCUGAGGGCCACAGUCAAGGAGCUAACAGGGCGCAGCACAGUUCCUCAGAUAUUCUUCAACAGUGUACAUGUGGGGGGAAACGAUGACCUGCAGAAAUUGGCUCCUGAGGAGCUUCAGAGACUGGUGAGGUUGGUCAGAGAGGAGGCUCUACCAGCUGACGCUCCACCUUUACCAGAAGAGAACCAGUCAGAGGACGGUGCUGACGACACCAGUGGAGGUGAGACCAGUUUUUACACCGCAGGUUAUUUACAUACUAUGUAUAUUAGUGUGUUGUACUAUUUGGUUGCUGGUUAGUUUUGCGUUGCUACUUAGAAAGUAGCUCGGAGAUUCAUUGUACUGCUGUAGAGUGGAAAGAAAUUAUGAUGCUUUCAAAAU